AUGGAUCAACAGGACAACAAUAUGGACCCUCAGCCACCAGCCAUACAGCCCACUUCCGGGCUGGGUAACAUGCCAAGGGAGAUUAAAGAUCUCAUGCAGCAACUAAAGUCGGACCGGCUCAUCCAGAUCUUCAUCGGAGACGAAAACGAGCCAUUUCUUGUGCAAGAGGGGCUUCUGACCAAUGCCUCAGAGUACUUCGCCAAAGCUCUCAAACACGAGCUGAGUCUUGGCUCUGAGCUAGGCGUCUUGCGGUUCCCGGAAGACGGCCCAGUCCUGCAGGCAUGGGGCACCAAGCACCUCGUCCUCUGCGUCCACGCCUGGGUCCUCGGAGACAAGUACCUCAUGCCACGGUUUCAGAAUGCCGUUAUGAUGGAGUUCAUCACCCAUUUCAGAGAAGGGUAUCUGCCAGACAGCAAGAGUUUGGUGAACACGCUCUUACGUCUCAGCCCUGCUGGCAGCGAAAUUCGGAGAAUAAUUGCGGAAGAGGUCAUUUUCAUCAUGUACGGAGACCAGGCGGCGCGCAUAAAGUCGAGUGACUUGACCGCAGCAGAUGAGGGCGGUUCUGGGAUUGCGGCUUCGCUUCUCGAUGCGUUCGAAGCGUACAAGGAGAAGGACGGGGUACUCUUGCGAUGGGAUGUUGCUUUCCGGGUGGACUACAGCUCCUUGCGAGAGUAUCUGGUGGUGGAUGGUGUGAGCCGGUUGGAGGAGCCAUCUGAUGAUGAGAUGAGCGAUGAGAGUAAGGAGAGCGACGAUGACAGUUCGUAG